AAAGUAAUUUAGAGAGGAUUGUCGCACGGCUACCCAGGUACAUGCAGGCGGAGUGGGCGAAAGAAGCGUUUGCUCUGUUGGAAAAAGGAAAAGUCCCUACCUUCAAGAAUCUAACAAGUUUUGUGACUGUGAAAGCGAAAUUGGCGAGUAGUGCAUUUGGUAAACUGAUCGGUGCAAAGCCUCAAGAUGAUAAAUACCCAAAAUUGAAGAGAAACCCUCACGGGACAUCCUUUGCAGCUGAAGGCAGACUGAACGUUCUGAAGUGUUACCAUUGUGAGAAGAUUGGUCACUCGUUAGAAAAGUGUUUCUCUUUCAGAAAGGAAUCCUUGAAUGCCAGAAAGGACGUGGUACGGAAAGAAAAGCUGUGCAACUUAUGUCUUGGUAAAGGCCAUUUCGAAAGGCAGUGCAGACGGAAAGAAACGUGCAUGGUAGCUGAAUGUGGACAACGACACCACAGCUUAUUGCACCCCGUGCAACAGCUCAAAGAAGACUGGAAACCUCCGGAAGUUGAAGAACAGGUUGACAAGAAUAACAAGCCAGAAUGUGAAACAAAUAAUGGUCAUUGUACUGCUACUGGGGCCGGAAGGCCGAGAGUUCGUUUACGUGUAAUCCCCGUCACGGUUCGUGGUAUAGAUGAAACACACGAAGUUCAAACAUAUGCCUUAUUAGAUGACGGUUCAGAUGUAUCUCUUUGCCACAGCAGUCUUGUUAGACGACUCGGAAUUACUGGUGUUCCAACGACAUUUUCCUUAACCACAGUGAAUGAAGAAGCGAAAGAGAACCGUGGAGAAGAAGUCAGAUUGAUAGUUUCGGAUCUGGACGGCAGUGAGAACGUUGACAUUACGCGGGCAUGGACAGUGAGCAAUCUGCCUAUUUCCAAAAGAUCAAUUCCGACAGCUGGUGAUGUGUCUGGCUGGUCUCAUUUGGAUGGAAUCGUGUUUCCAGAGCUGGAGAAUGAAAACGUCAGCAUAAUCAUUGGUAGCGAUGUUCCAGAAGCCCAUUGGGUUUUGGAACAACGACGUGGUCAACGUAAGGAACCAUAUGCAGUAAGAACUCCUCUGGGUUGGACACUCAUGGGACCAAUUGGAACAGAAACCGAGCAAGGCUUCCAGAUAAAUUUCAUUCGGAAAGAAGAUAACACUCUUCAAGAACAAGUUGAACGAAUGUUUCGUAUGGAUUUUAGUGAGUCUGACUUUCAUUUGGGGAAAGGAAUGUCAUUUGAGGAUCAAAGAGCCUUGAAUAUUAUGGAAAGUUCUGCGAAGAAAGUAAAUGGACAUUAUGAAAUAUCAUUACCGUGGCGUGACGGUUCACCUAGUUUCCCUAACAACAGAAAGAUGGCCGAGAAAAGAUUAAUUUCCUUGCAACGACGUUUGAAGAAAGAUACACAUUUGAAGGAAAAUUAUCGGAACGUCAUUGAAGGCUACCUCGAGAAAGGUUAUGCUGCUAAAGUUCCGGAAGAAAGAAGAACGAGUGAAUGCGAGAGUACGACUGGUAGAGUCUGGUACUUGCCACAUCAUCCAGUGUUCCACGCACAGAAGCCUGAAAAGGUUCGCGUGGUCUUUGAUUGCGCUGCAAGGUUUGGCGAUACCUCAUUGAAUGAUCAAUUAUUACGUGGACCGGAUUUAACCAAUACGCUGAUCGGAGUUCUCAUUCGAUUUCGCCAGGAACCGGUUGCUCUAACCUCGGACGUUGAGGCCAUGUUUCACCAAGUCAGAGUUAACUCGCAGGAUAGUGAAGCUUUACGAUUUCUCUGGUGGCCAGAUGCCGAUCUUUCUAAACCACCGCAAGAUUACUCAAUGCAGGUGCAUUUGUUCGGAGCAACUUCGUCACCUAGUUGUGCGAACUUUAGUCUCCGGAAAACUUCUCAAGACCAUCAAUACGAGUUUGAUAAAGAAACAGUCAACACCGUUGAAAAGAAUUUCUACGUGGAUGAUUGCUUGAAGUCAGUUGCGACUGUUGAAAAGGCUACACGGCUUGCAAGUCAAUUACGUGCAAUGCUCGCGAAAGGUGGCUUCCAUCUUACUAAAUGGGCAAGUAACAGUCGUGAGGUAUUGGCGUCAAUUCCUCCAAGUGAACGAGCGUCCCCGUUGGUUAAUCUCGAUUUUGAGUCGUUUCCAGAGUUGGCGGCGUUAGGCGUCAUUUGGGAUGUCGAAACAGAUACAUUUCGUUUUCGCAUCGUAGAAGGUAACAACGUCAAGACGAGAAGAGCUAUGUUAUCAUUUAUCAGCUCAAUGUAUGACCCUUUUGGAAUUGCAUCACCAUUCAUCCUUCCAGGAAGACAAAUUCUCCAACGUUUGUGUUCAAUCAAUUACGACUGGGAUGAAGAGAUUCCGGAGGAAGAAUUGUCAACUUGGAACAUCUGGCAAAAAUCGUUGGCUCAGCUGUCGACCGUUGCUAUUCCACGGUGUAUCAAGCUCAAUUUGGCAGAGAAACUGAGCGAUGUUCAACUGCAUACCUUUGCCGAUGCUUCCAGACUAGGAUAUGGAGCAGUGUCAUACUUGCGUCUUGUUGAUGUGAACAACCAUCUUAUCAUGUCAUUCCUCGCUGGAAAGUCUCGAGUGACGCCAACGAAGCAAGUUACAAUUCCAAGAUUGGAAUUGACCGCGGCUGUCCUCGCAGUGAAGUUAAGUCAUCAAUUGGAAGAGGAGUUGGAGAUCUCAGUGGAUCGUAUUGUCUUCUGGACCGAUUCCACGAUUGUAUUGCAAUAUCUUAACAACGAAUCUACGCGUUUUCAAACGUUUGUGGCGAACAGAUUGGCAGUAAUUCACGACCUGUCCAAACCAUCACAGUGGAGAUAUGUUGAAACAGCCUUCAACCCUGCUGAUAGUGCAUCUCGUGGUAUUAAUCCAACUGACCUAAGGAAAACACAAGCAUGGCUCGAUGGUCCCGAAUUCUUGCAAUGCGAAGAAGAUAGGUGGCCAAAGAAUCCAGAUGAGAUAAAGCAAAUGCCUGAUGAGCACCUGGAAUGGCGAAGAACUGCCCAGAUUAACGAAAUUACAGCAGAGAAGCGGAUCAACAUGACGGAUAAGCUCUUGGAACGUUAUUCUUCAUGGUAUGCUUUGCAGAAAGGUGUUGCCUGGUUACUAUGUUUCUUAACGUUUCUGCGACAGAAGAAGCACAUUAGGAUACAGCAACAAGCUUUAUCAGGAAGCUUAUUAGUUCGUGAAAUUCGUGCAGCAACAACCAAAAUCGUGAAGUAUGUACAACGACAAUGUUUCCAAGAUGAAAUACGGACUUUAGCGACAACCGUAGCUGACGGACAAAAAUCCUCGAAAGUGGUUACGGAAAAUCUGAUAAUGAAAAGGAGCAGACUGCGAAAGUUAAAUCCAAUCUUGGUUGAAGGAGUACUGCGAGUUGGAGGCCGACUCGAAAGAUCUUCGAUGUCAUUCGACGCUAAGCAUCCGAUGAUCUUGCCCCAACAUCACCAUGUUACCGAACUGAUUAUCCGUGACUCUCAUGUAAGUGAAGGACAUAUAGGACCUACUCAAGUGUUGGCAACCAUCCGCCAGACAUUUUGGAUCAUCCAUGGACCUACCGAGGCAUUAUUACAAGGACAGAGAGUGAAUGAUGAAUGUUUGUUGACGUUUAUGGCAGAAACGGAGAGAAUCCUGAAUGAUCGUCCGUUAACCCGUCAAGAAGAUAAUCCGAAUGACCUUGAACCGUUGACCCCAAACAAACUACUUCUCUUGCGAUCAGAGCAACCACCUCCACUGGGAAGUUGGGUAACCGCAGAUAAGUUCUCUAAACGAUGGAGACAAGCUCAGCAGCUCGCAGAUGCAUUCUGGAAAAGAUGGGUGAAAGAAUAUUUGCCUCUGCUUCAAGAACGACAAAAAUGGCUGACGGAGAAACGAAAUUUACAACCUCAAGAUCUGGUGUUAUUGUUGGACGAGAGAUUGUCGCGAGAACAGUGGCCUCUUGGCAUUGUUGAAGAAGUGUAUCCUGACAAGAAUGGAAGAUCUCAUGAAAUCCUGGAUGAAUUAAGUGCUCUAUUUCCAGAAAAGAAUGUUGAGGUCAUCCAAAGUGCAUUGGCUGCCAGUGGGGGAGAUAAAAGUGUAGCUGCAUCAAGGCUCAUUCAGUGGUCUGGUGUUGAUACUGGGACAACUAGUACUGAUACAUGUACUGUUACAAAUGAAGAUGCACUUGGCAAUGAAGAUGAAACAGAGCUUAUGAGGUCAACAUUUGGUGAACUUGGUGAUGGAAUAACCACUGAUCAUGUAAAGAUGUACAGACGAGAAACUCUGGAUGAGUUUGGUCCCCCACUGCGGAUUUAUGUUAAUCGGAUGAAAGAAGAGUUCACAUCAGAUAUCUUCGCUCUGUACAAGAAACCAAACCCACUUUUUCGUUCAAAACCAAGGUUAUCAGGACUAGAGAAAGAUGAAAACCCCUCAGAUGCACUGAAAACCAUCCUGUUACCCUACUGUGAUGAGGCAGCUGUCCUGGAGGUGCCAUUAAGUGGAGAAACAAGGCACGUGGUUAUUCAACAGAUUAUACACUACAAUGUUAUUGGCAAACGUCGAUGUGAACUGACAGAUCUUGCAACAGGGAUGAAUGAACGGUCUCUUGUGAAUUUUCUGAAGGCACAUAGUGAGAUGAUAAAAGUUGUGUUCCCCAGAGAAUGUGAAUCUGUGAUUGACAAGGAACAGUUAAAAAACAUGAUUGAAUUUGAAAAUGGGAACCACUAA